AUGGGCAAUCGUCAUAGCCAGUCUUACUGCCUCUCAGAGGGCAGUCAGCAGUUGCCCAAAGGGGACACCCAACCCUCGGCAGCCGUGCAGCCUCUCAGCCGCCCGUCAGGGAGUGGACAGCCAGAGGCCCAUCAGCCUGCCAAAGAGAGAAGUCAUCAGGGUUUUGAUGUGAAUCGAGAUGCCAAAAAGCUGAACAAAGCCUGCAAAGGAAUGGGAACUGAUGAAGCGACCAUCAUUGAAAUCUUAUCAAGCAGGACAUCGAAUGAGCGGCAACAAAUAAAGCAAAAGUACAAGGCAAUGUAUGGCAAGGACCUGCAGGAGGUGCUGGAGAGUGAACUGAGCGGGCAUUUCAAGAAGACAGCCUUGGCGCUGCUGGACCGCCCCAGCGAGUACGAUGCCCGGCAGCUGCAGAAGGCCAUGAAGGGUCUGGGCACGGAUGAGGCAAUGCUCAUCGAGGUCCUGUGCACAAGAACCAAUAAGGAAAUCAUCGCCAUCAAAGAGGCCUACCAAAGGUUAUUUGACAGGAGCCUUGAAUCAGAUGUCAAAGAUGACACGAGUGGAAACCUAAAAAAAAUUCUGGUGUCCCUGCUACAGGCUAAUCGUGAUGAAGGAGAUGAUGUGGACAAAGAUCUAGCUGGUCAGGAUGCCAAAGAGCUGUAUGAUGCAGGGGAGGGCCGCUGGGGCACUGACGAACUUGCCUUCAAUGAAGUCCUGGCCAAGAGGAGCUACAAGCAGCUACGGGCCACCUUUCAAGCCUACCAAAUUCUCAUCGGUAAAGACAUCGAAGAGGCCAUUGAAGCCGAGACGUCGGGCGAUCUGCAGAAGGCCUACUUAACCCUCGUGAGGUGUGCCCGCGACCAGGAGGGCUAUUUUGCUGAGCGCCUGUACAAGUCCAUGAAGGGUGUGGGGACCGAUGAGGAGACGCUAAUUCACAUCUUUGUGACCAGGGCUGAGGUUGACCUUCAGGGCAUAAAAGCUAAGUUCCAAGAGAAGUAUCAGAAGUCCCUCUCUGACAUGGUUCGCUCGGACACCUCUGGGGACUUCCGGAAACUGCUGGUAGCCCUCUUGCACUGAACCAAGCCAGAGCGGUAGGAGCACAGGGAGGAACCAUCUUUGUCAAGAGCCUGUUCCAAACAAGAUUUGCAAAUGUGACUCCAGCUCGAAAAGCCUUCGGGAAUCCUGGUUUAUUUUCUUGGCAGCUUCAGCAGUGCAGCCAGGCCAGGCUGUUUUAGUCAAAGACAGCAGCCUCGAGAUGCUUGGGCAGGUCACCCUUGAACGCCAGCUUAGCAAGUGUCUGGGCUGCCUCCUAACUUUCCUUAGCAUGGUAACUGAAUGCUUUAUACGCACAAAUGAAAUCAGCAGUUGAUGAAAAAAUCUCUCCAUUUGUGGUGAUAAAAAAAUUUACAAGAAUAUAUAUCACACAGGGGGGGGGGUGUGUUCUGGGUAAAGAUUGAAUGAUUAAGGUACAGGGAAGACAAAAUUAACCAAUUCAUUAAUUUUCCUUCUGUGUGUUCCAUUUCAAAGCCUCAAUGUUAAUUAAA